AUGGCUGAUUCAGGAUCGCCGGAGCGAGUGCUCAUUGCCUUCCACCAGGAGAUGCCAGCAUCGAUGGAAGAGCAUAUCCGAAGCAAAUUUUCCAAUGCCGAGGUCACAAUUCAUAUAGCCCUGCCGGGCGUUCCUAUACCAGCUGAGGUCUACCAAAAUGCCACCAUCCUGGUCACUUUCAUCCACCUUCCAGAACUCAAGGAUGCAAAGAACAUCAAACUAAUCCACACGCUCUCCGCGGGUCUGGAUCACCUGUUGUACCACCCAAUCCUGCGGGACACUCAGAUCCCAAUCAGUACAAGCUCAGGCAUCCACGGUCCCCCAAUCGCAGAAUGGACCGUGAUGAACUGGCUAGUUUCAUCACGUAAAUACACCCAGUCAUACGAGGCGCAGAAAGCACAUGUAUGGGAAAAGCAGGUUGCGUACAUGCAAGGUAUGCAUGACCAGGUGGGCAAGAAAGUGGGUAUUCUAGGUUAUGGAAGUAUCGGACGUCAAAUCGCUCGCGUCUCCCAAGCAUUGGGCAUGACCGUGCACGCAUACACGGCCUCCCCACGUGAAACACCAGAGUCCCGCCGCGACACCGGGUACAUUGUGCCAGGCACCGGCGACCCAGAUGGAUCGAUCCCGGCAUCGUGGCACCAUGGCUUAGACCGGGAAUCCGUUCGCUCGUUCCUGGCUCUCGGGCUGGAUCAUCUAGUCAUCUCGCUGCCGCUGACUCCGCAAACCACGGGUCUUCUAGGUGCCGAGGAAUUUGCCAUCUUGUCUGAGAACUGCCACCACCAUGCGACCAAGCCUUAUCUGACUAAUAUCUCGCGCGGCAAAGUCAUUGAUCAGAAGGCGUUGAUUGAGGCCCUUAACUCGGGGAUGUUGGGUGGUGCUGCUCUCGAUGUUACUGAUCCUGAACCGCUUCCUGCUGACGAUGCGCUUUGGGAUACGCCGAAGGUGCAGAUUAGUCCGCAUAUCAGUUCGCUGGGAAUGGAGUAUUUCCCGCGCUCGCUUGAUAUCCUGAAGCUUAACAUGGGGCGGAUGACUAAGGGGGAGCCGUUGGUCAAUGCUUAUUAUCGGGGGAAGGGGUAUUAG